AUGUGCGAUGUAGAGGCGGCGACGUGGGAGGAGCUUCAAACGGCCGCUCAUUACGCCGCCAAGCACGGCGCCCGAGCCGCCCUCGAGUGUCUAUACCGGCGCCUCUCCAACAUCCACGCCCGGGACUACCGCGCUCGCACGCCCCUCUUCCUCGCCGCCAAGUACGGCCAGCGCAGCACGGUGCAGCUGCUGCUGAGCGUGGGGGCGGACGCUGGUGCCGAGGACUCGUUGAGGACAUCCUGCCUGAGCGUCAUUCUCGACACCGUUCCUGACAUGGCGCUGCUAGCGCUGAACCAGCUACGCGUGAUAAAGGAGUCUGACCAGAAGCAAUACUUCUACCUCAGAAUACUGGAGCCGACAGAAUCCGAUGAUCAAGAAAAUCCUGUUCAGAGCUUGUUGGAGCUCGUGGUGAUGAGACGGCUGUAUGAGGUCGUGGACCACCCGGUCGUACGCAUGUUCAUCGACGUCAAGUGGAAUGCAUACGGCCUGAAAGGAAACUGCUGGACCUUGACCACCAAGAUGGCGUUCAUCGUGACGUGGAUGGUGCUGCUGGUGGCCGUGCCGUGGCCCCGUCGCCACGUCUACACUUUCCCUGAGGCACGGCCGCCCCGCAUCACACUGCACCUGCUUGCCACAGCUCACUAG